CUUCUUGUUGUUACUCUCUCUCUCUUUCUCUGCGCCUUUGAAGGGGAGGAGAGAUGAAGGCACCGAACAUGGAGACGAUAACCAAAACGGUUCAGAAUAUUUCUCUUAGUGAUCGGAGAAGAAGACUCGGAGAUGGGUUUGGAAGAUCGUCGGAAGAGAGCACUAAGGAACAUAUACCUAUGAUCUCAGAUAGAACAUUGGAGCUCAAUUCUCACUUAUCUCUUCCUUCUCACUGGGAACAGUGUCUUGAUCUCAAGACAGGAGAGAUUUACUACAUAAACUGGAAAAACGGAAUGAAAGUGAAAGAAGAUCCCAGGAAAGUGAUGAUGAAUGCAGAUAGUGACAGUGGAGAAUCAUAUGGAACAUUGUGCUCAGAAGAAGAUAGCUCAUAUUACGACAGUGAGGUGUCUUCAUCAGCGUCAUCUCCAUCAUCAAGAGAGAAUCGAAAAGAGGAUGAGGAUGAGAAUGAUGACGACGAAGAGGAAGAGGAGGAAGAAGAAGAAGAAAAAGAUGUGCUUGUGGUUGCUGGAUGCAAAGCUUGUUUCAUGUACUUCAUGGUUCCUAAGCUUGUCGAGGACUGUCCCAAAUGUGCUGCACAGCUUCUUCACUUUGAUCGACCUUAUUCUGCUUCUUCUUGA